AUGGAAGAUCCGGAUUUGAGAGCGAGAGUUCUACCACCUGGUUUACUAACACCUAAAGUUACUAAGACAAACACUCGUGUAGAGAAUGCUGCAGUAUCUCAUAUGAGGAAAGAAAAGAAAGAAGUGGAAGGAAAAGUGGUAGGAGAAGGAGAAGAAGUGAAGAAUGUACCAUCAGGAUUGAAUGAAGUCCCACUUUCUCUUGUUUCUCCCAUUCCAUCUUCUAUCAAAACUACCUCGACACCAGUGGAAGGUAGUGGAAAGAGAAUGGAUAGUAUAGACAGUGGUCUUGGGCAGACACUUCCUUCUUUUUCUGCCAAUGACCCCAACCAAUCCACCUCGUUGCCUCAUGAACCUUCAUCGUCCAAAGGAUCCAGAUUGUCUUCUGCUCCUAAGAUUUGGCAACCUUACCUUUAG